CUUGUUAAACUUGCGCGUCGAUAUGGUUAUUCAUACACGGAAAAAAUGCACGUGUUUUUGUGUAUAUUUUUCCUCUUGUUGCUAAUCAAUUCUGCAACAUGUUUUUCGAUCAAUCAAACUUUUGACCGUUUUGAACGAGCAGUUGGUCAUGAUGAAGCAAAUAAAAUCCUAAAAUUGGUAGUGAUGUGUUUUCAGAUAUAUUACAAUCAUAUCAAAUGUGCUCAAACAGAUUGGGCUUGUCGUGAGGAAUGUCGUUUGGAGUUUGCUGAUCGCAUAACCGGUUUAUGCAUUCGGCCGUCGCCCACGCAAACUUGUUUUGGAAUACCAAUUCGCUAUAAUUUCACUUUUGAAUCGCCAAAUAUAUUAACAGAACUACCAAAAUAUGAAGUUCUUAGUAAAUUCCCGAGGUGUUGGUCGGAACUCGGACCUUUACUUUGUGCAGUUGCAUAUAGACCAUGCUCGAAUCGAACAUAUUUUGAAGUAUCUAUGGACAAGGCAGGAAAAAUGGAAUUAUGGCAGGUAUUUCGAAAAGAUAUGUGCCAUCGAGCUGUUAAAAGCUGCAGUUUUUUAUUUGAUAGCUCUUUGUGGCCUGAUUUUGUCAACUGCUCAGACACCAUUGAGAAGAAAGACGGAAGACGAAUUUUUUCUAAUGGAUCAUGUCGGAUGAAUUAUGACAAGGAGCCUUCGGAAAUGGAAUCAAAACAGUGCUUGUGGCCUUUAGUUAAUGGAGUAAAGCAUAAGAAACCAAUGUCUCAACCUCUUAUUGAUGACUGCUACAUGUCAUGCAGAUCACCUUUGAUCAGUUCAAAAUGGCUAUACGAUGGUUUCAAGUCAUCAGUUUUUUUCUUUUCUGUAACUAUCGCUUCGGCUAGUUUACUUUGUACGCUUUAUCUAUUCACCUUUUCUUUUCUUUACAACCAUGAUCUCUCCACUUACUCAUUAACUCAUGCGUUACUAAGUGCAUCAGUACAUUGGUUCAUGUGGUCAACAAGUUACUUUGAAGAACUUGCACAGCGUGCAGUGUGUUUUUAUUGGCUGAGACGUGAUGCAAUGAUUUUGAGGAGUUUCUUAGAUUGGUGCAAUAUUCAGUUUUGGAUUCUGCGUGCUAGCAUGCUAGCUGGAUAUUUUUGGCUUUUAACUGCAUUUGUUAUUCAUUUUGGUCAUCCUAAAUUAAACUGCAGUCAGGCUGGAAAGUGGCAAAAGAAAAAUCUUGAUUUGCGCAGUUUCUCUCUUCUUAAUUAUUUCUUGGCUAGUUUUAUAGCAACAAUAGGACUAUGGAUCAAUUCUGUAGAAACGGAUGGUGCUACUGGCAUUUGUUAUUUAGGACUUCAGACUGUUGGCAGUGCUACACAAUUAUACAUACCUUUUUUGUUCGCAUUUAUAAUAUUUUCAUUGUUGAUUGCUUAUAUGCGCUACUGGAAUAAAGGCCAUUUGACAAGUGAGAUUUUGGAUGAUUUUAAAAGAAAAGAUCAAGUAGGUCUCAUGGAAAAACAAGUUGUUGGUAAAAGCAUAUCCAUGAAUAGUGACUUUGACAGGAAUGGCUAUUUUCGGAUGACAAAAUCAUGGAGAAACCUUCUUUUCGGCGUUACAGUUGGAUCUCAGUUCUUCGCAGCUUUGGUUCUUUUUUACAGCUUUUCUAUCAGUACAGUGUCAGAGCGAGAUACUGUUUUGAAUUCAGUCAGAUGUUCUCUGAGAAAGACAAUAAUUGAAGGACAAACAGAGUGGUUACGUGGAUUGGUACGAGAUAAUACGAUGGAUGUUUUUUCAAGACGAGAAUCUCUCGGUAACAGUUUUUUUCUUAAUUUUUGCAGCUUUCUCAGUGCUGUUGGUUGUGAUUUGCCUACAGAUAUGGAUGAUCGUUUAUUUUAUACAUUUUUGGUGCAUCUUUUUUUCCCUUCCUUACCGUACCUAACGAUUGUUGUUUACGUUCUAAGUGGAUUCUGUGGAUAUGGACUUACUGAUGUUGAGAAAGUGCGCGAUAAAAUUAAUCCAUUUGUUCUGGUGAAGUACUGUGAUUUUGCAUCAGCAUCGCAAAAAGAACCGAGUGAUAUUAAGCAAAUUCCGGAUACGUUCAAUUCUGUCCAGACUGGUCAGUUAAGCGAAGCUUCACCAAACUGCGAACCUAAUGAUCCUUUAAAAAGUAGCGAAGAACAAGAAUCUGUAGACAAGUUUCCUUCAGAUGUGGAGAGCAGAAGAUUGGAUGUGUUGCAAAAAAGUAGAGAGAGAAGACAGAGGCAGCUAAAUCACGGCCCUUUAUUUUCAGCAGCAGUAAAUUCGUCUAUCUCGCCAACGGUACUAUCUGCUUAUCAAAAUGGACUUAUCGAAGGUCGCUGGCGUGAACGUUGUGUAACUUAUGAAAAACACAUCAAGGCACUUUCGGCUAACCUAAGGGUUGCAGAUCAUGAAAUACGUCGUUUAGCUGGUUUAGAUGUGUGGAAAGGUGAACAGAAACUUCUCUCAUCGAGUGGAAAUAAUAUUAGUUCAGACGGGAUCGAAAAUCACUGUAGAUUAACUUCCAGUACUCAGUUUGAGUCGUGUCAUGACAAUUUCAGUGUUAAUCAAAAACAUAAUGUUUCACGAGAUUUUGCUGGAGGAGGAGACCAUGAUAGUGAAGCAGAGACAUCCUUGAAAUGUCAGACAUUUUUUGGUGGGUCUAGCACUCGGAAAGCACUUGAUGAAAUUGCGGAGGGUAAUGAAGAUCAUGAUAGUUCUAAAGAUAGUGAUAGUUUUGAUUCUGAUGAAGAAGAUUCGGAAGAAGAAAGGAUAUAUAACGAAAAGGUAACAUUUUGUGGUAUAAUUAGUGAAAAAUAUUUUGUGCUUUUAGUCGCUUGA